UCUUUUUACAAUAUUCAACUUGUAAUCGUAUUGACACCAACACAAGUGCGGCUGUAUAGUUUAACUAGCAUAAAAAGUCUGCAGUAUGGUAUAGGUACUACCCAUAAGCCACAAACAUACACACACUAACGCAUUCGUCGGAGAAGGGUGGCGGCGGGUACGCAUGCGCGUCGUCAUUGUCGGCGAAACGAAUAAAAUACCGACACCGGAUCGUACAACACCAGUGCACCACCAGUGUGGCAACCGAGUCGAGUUUUGUCAAGAGCCGAACCUUACUAAAAUUCAACGCAGUUUGCUAGGCCACGUGCUCGUCCCCCGACAACUAAUAACACCGCGAUCCAAUAUUUAAAAAAUGUCAGAUUCGAAUUACCCACCAUGCCAGAGGAAGAUCGAUGAACACUUUGGAACUAAAGCUAUACACGUAGGCCAAAAUCCGGACCAGUGGUCUUUUAAAGAUGUCGUUCCUCCAAUUUCAUUGACUACGACCUACAAACAAUACGGCCCAAACGAUCACGCUGGAUUCGAGUACAGUAGGUGCGGCAACCCGACCAGACAAGUUUUGCAGAACUGCAUAGCUUCGCUGGACGGUGGCAAACGCAGUCUGACCUUUGCGUCUGGCCUGGCCGCCACUACGGCCGUUGUCCAACUGCUGCAGUCCGGAGAUCAUAUCCUGUGCGGAGAUGACAUGUACGGCGGCACAAAUCGGUACUUUUCGAAGAUAGCGUCUAAGUUCAAUGUGAAAUUCACAAUGACUGAUAUGACGAACGACAAGAACAUAGCGAAAUUGAUUUUGCCCGAGACCAAGUUGGUGUGGAUGGAGAGCCCUACGAACCCGUGCAUGAGAGUUGUUGACUUGGAAUCGAUUUCGACAAUUGUUCAUAGUAUACGAAAAGACAUCAUUGUAGUUGUCGACAACACGUUCCAGACACCUUAUUUCCAAAAACCGCUUGACUUGGGCGCAGAUAUCGUGCUUUACUCACUAAGUAAAUACAUGAACGGUCAUUCGGACGUCAUAAUGGGCGCACUUGUCCUAAACGAUUCGGAAUUAUUUGAUCGUCUAGCCUACAUUCAGAAUUCUUGCGGUAUCAUGUCGUCGCCUUUUGACUGUUACCUCGUCAACCGCGGUCUGAAAACUCUGCACGUGCGCAUGAAGGAGCACAUGAAGAACGGAUUAGCCGUAGCCAAGUUCUUGGAACAACAUCCGCUCGUCGAACAAGUGCUGCAUCCGGGUUUGCCGUCGCACCCCCAACACAAGGUGGCUUUAAAACAGGCCAGUGGUUUUAGCGGCAUGUUGUCGUUUUACAUCAAAGGCGGUAUCGGCGAAGCCACUAGAUUCUUACAGGCCAUCAGAGUGUUUUGCUUGGCCGAAAGUCUCGGCGGAUUCGAAAGUCUGGCCGAUCAUCCAGCACUCAUGACUCAUGCUUCAGUUCCUCCAGAAGAACGAGCAGCAUUAAAUAUUUCGGACAAUUUAAUCCGUUUGUCUGUGGGAUUAGAAUCGGAAGAAGAUUUAAUCGCUGAUCUCGAUCAAGCACUAAAUGCUUCUGUUAAAAAAUAAUCGCGUGUUUUAGUUUAAAUAGUAUUUUAUUCGUGUCAAAUUACGUUAAUGUUAAUCGGUUAAUAUACCUAAAUAAUAUUAUAUAAUAAUUAUUAUUAUUUUUUAUUAUUAUUAUUAUUAUUAUAUAUAAUAUAUAUAUAUAUAUAUAAUGUAAUAAAAUAUAUUUAUUAAGAAUA